CGUGAAGAUUCUGAUGAUGGGGCCGGGGCCGAAGCUCCCGCCUCUCCCGGCGGACAAAGCUUCAGAAGCACUCUGCCCGGUGGAUCGAGCGAUGAAGAGGGUGAGAAUGAGAAGAAGAAUGAGAAGAAGAAGAAGGAGGCCUUGCUGUCCUUCUUCACCAGUCGCAGCGAGGAUGACCUACGGCUGGAACUGGCGGACAUGGAAGAGGGGCAGUUCCAGCUGCUGGUAUCGAAGAUCAAUACCCAUGGAAAGUUUGCAGCCUACUGUCGGCAAGUCUGCGAAUACCUCGGCAUCACCGAAGAGGAACAACAAGGAGACAACCCCGAAUGGACCUUUGCUUGCGAUGAUGGUGAUCCCAUAGAGGAUGUGGUGGAUUUCAUGAGGCACAUCGGCCUAGUCAUGCCGGAGACGGAAGCUGGACAGGCGCCGCAAAAGCCACUUGGAGACCUCGGACCGCUCGGAGAGGUGCCAUCGGGACUACCAAACGAGGCUCCGGUGACAGAAGAAGCUGAGGUGCCAUCAGUGGCGUCUGCGAUGUUGCCGACAGGUGCCAUCUGCGGGACUACCAAACGAGGCUCCAGUGACAGGAGAAGCUGA